AUGGUGGUCCUCCUCUCAGCACGUACCCGCCUCCCGGCCCUCGCACGCGGUCUCAGCACCUCGGCCUUCCCCUCCAAGCUCGCCUUUGCGUUUGACAUUGACGGUGUCCUGAAGCAAGGCAAAUAUGUGCUGCCCCAGGCCAAGCGCGUCAUGCAGUUGUUGACGGGCAGGGACGGGCGCCUGCCAGAACCCGUCCCCUUCCUCCUCAUGACCAACGGUGGCGGCGUGCCCGACGCCCAAAGGCGAGCGCUCCUGUCGCGCGAUUUGGGUAUCGAGCUUGGCGAGAAUCAGCUGGUCCAGUCGCACACACCAUUCCAGGCCGCCAUGCGCGAGUAUAUCGACAAGCCCGUGCUCGUCAUUGGUGGAGACGGCGACGCGGCUCGUAAAGUGGCCGAGAGCUAUGGCUUGAAAAAAGCAGUCAUCCCGCAGGACAUUAUCCACUGGAACCGCUCGAUCUGGGACCGGUACCACUUCACAGACGAGGACGAGAAGGUUGUGCGACACGACAUCGACUUCAACUUCACCCCGAUCCAUGCCAUCUUUGUCCUGCACGACUCGAACGACUGGGGACGCGACCUCACCAUUGUCAACGAGCUGAUGCAGUCCCGCGGGGGUAUGCUGGGCACGGUCCGGGAAGACCGUACAGUCCAGAAGCCUGGCGGUGAGGUUCCCCUGUUCUUCUCCAACCCGGACUUGGAAUGGGCCAGCGAUUACCCGGUCGUGCGUCUCGGUAUGGGCGCGUUCAGCUUGUCCAUCGCGUCCGUCUACAAGGCGGCCACCGGCCUCGACCUCCCCUUCACCCAGAUCGGCAAGCCCCACCACCUGACCUACGAGUUUGCCGACUCGAUGCUCACCCGCCACACCAAGCAGUUGCGCGGUGUGGACCAGGAUCUGAAUGUCUACAUGAUCGGCGACAACCCGAUGUCUGACAUCUGGGGCGCCAACAUGUAUGGCUGGAACUCGAUCCUUCUCCGCACAGGCGUGUACGCGGGCGGCGAGCCGGCGCACGCGCCGACGUUUAUUGCCGACGACGUCGAGCUCGCGGUGGAGUGGGCCAUUAAGCGGGAACUGGCCAACGCUGGCAAGGCUGCGUAA